AUGCGCCGCCGCAUACCACCACAUAAGCUCUUUGAACUUUAUGGCGGCAGUGGAAAUUUGUGGAAAUUCUCGCAGUGUUUAGGUUUAGGAAUUAAAAACGAAGUGGUGACGAGUCCAAAUGGCAAGCAGCUUCCGGGAUAUCUGAACCGGUUCGUCUACAAAGCCGAGACUGAGACCGACUGUAACACAAAUUCGGACUCGGGAGUUUCCGAUUCGGAGAAUUUCAAAAGGGGAAAAAAUGGGUCUCUCGGCGGGAAAAGUAUUUCUUCCGAAGGAAACAGCGAAUGCGAUUCGGGAGUUGGCUCAAAUCGAUCAAACAAAUCCGACUCCGACAAGUCCGACAACGAAAAUUCCUCAAAACUCGAAGAUGGAAUCACUUAUGAACAAAUCAAGGCGCAUUACUCCAAGCCUGUUUCGACAAAAGUCAAAAGAACGGAGUCUACUUUUUCGAGAUUCUCCGCGAUUUUUAAAUCUGAUGGAAAGAAAUUGACCGACGUGAUGGUGGAAGAAUUCCGAUUGAACGACCGGUUCAGUGGACUUUCGAUGGAUCGAAUCUGGGGCGGUUUCAUGAACGACAUUAAGGAAGACAUUCGCCAACCAGCGCCAGCUCUUGGCAGUCCGACUUGCCAGCAGAUUGGCAGAACGUUAUCACGCUCUAAAAUGAAAAAAUGCAGUUAA